CCAGGUUCUGAACUCUGUUCUGACGACGGGUGAAGGUGCAGGGUUGGAGGAGUUGUGCCAAGGCAUCGUCACUCGCUACCAGAAUGCGGACCAAGCUGAACCUGAGGUCAUCUAUGUCGACUGGGACUGCUGCAUUAGUCAGGUGGGUGUGUCUUCAGUGGUUAAACUUUUUCACCCAUGGAAGUCUGCAAUGCACUUGGACAGCUUCCACUUCAUGUGGCACUUUAACUGCAACCUCACCACAGAACACCACCCUCUGUAUGGCAUCUUUUGCGCCAAGCUUUCCUCCUGUAUCUUUGAAUGGGAUCAGGAAGAUGUGCAACGCCUGAAGGAGGCCAAGAGAACAGAGUGGAAGAGCAGCCACGGUGGACGAGCUCCCACUGAGGAACAGCUCAUUGCCACCGUCAGCCCAGGGGAGCUGAAGAGGCACUGCAGGAGGAGGACGCGUGGAGUGGAAGAGAUGCGGAGCAUGAUUCCAGGGCUGCUGGAAUCAGUUUGGGAGAUGACGGACACCACAGGGCUGCAUCUAGUGAACCAAGACAGCAUGCGCCAUGUUUGGGAGGUGCAACAGAAGCACCUGGAGUGCCUCCAAGACCCUGCAGGUGUUGCAUUGUACACAAAGGUGGGGACUCUCCAGAAGGGCGGCAAAGAGCUGGACAUCCUCAGGUGUGCUAGGGGGUCCUCCUCCCUGGAGAGUUUUCACAGACACCAGUGUGCUUUCAUUCCAGGCUGGCGGUGCAAUGCAGUACAUAUGCAGAUGUACAUGCUGGAGGGAGUAUCAAGGUGGAACAUGGGCCGGGCCAAGGAGGCAGUAGCUGUGGAGGAGGCCUCAACCUUCAGAGCCUUUGAUGUCCGGUUAAUGUCUCACCUCAACAACAUCAGCCAGCGGGUCCUCGGUCAUGCUCUGGUUCCAGAGUUCACUCCACCCGGGAAGCCUACUGGGGAGCGCAUUGCUGUGGAGUAUCUAUUGGCCCAGACCAACAGAGGUGACCUGCUUGCUCCAGAGCAGAUGCCUGAAAUCCCCUCGCAGGUGCUUGAGGAAGAAGAGGAUGAGCCAGAUGCCACAGUGUACAUGCCAGGUUACUUGAUGCUGGUGAUCCCUGGGAUGUGGGUGUGCCUGACACUGUUCUGUGCCGGUCAGCCGAGCUUGGGGCUGGUGAUCCUGAUCCUACAUGUGCUGUGGAAGAGCAGGUGUUGUUGGAAGGUGACACUCACUUAUCACUUUUCAGACCAGCCAAUGUGACUCAAGAGGUGUUGCGGGAUUGGAGGCAGUUGAUGCCCUGGCAGCCUACCUGGUUGGCUUGAACCGCACCAUCACUGCCUUGUCAGCCAACGAGGAGGCGGACAUAGUCCAGCUGUACACAGCUCUCCAUGCCAUGGACAAGGUGCC